UUAAUGAGAUAAGGGAACUCAAUAAAAAGGACUCAUCUUCCUUCCACCAAUACCCUCAUCUCACGGAUCUUGCCCCUCUCUUCACCCCUCAGUUCCUGUCCCUUUGUUCCUCUCACUUUUCCUUUUCUUUCUCUUCCUUUGCAAGUGCAUAUUAUAUAAGUCCUUGGCACCACAUUCAUUGCAAAGACCUCUCUAGUCAAAUGGCCUCUUGGAAGAAGACCAUCACCACACCAUUCAAAAAGGCUUGCACUUUCUUCAACCAGCAACCCACAAGGGAUCAAAAGAAUAAGCCUCAAACAGAGCAAGAGAGGCAAGUAAUGGAUCUGCAUGGCGAAGUGAUGGCAUGUGGGUAUGAAGAUGUUCAAGUUAUGUGGUCUAUUCUGGAUAAGUCCAAAUCUACAGCCUGCAAUAUAACAUCUUCAAGCUGAGACAACUCUUUGAAGAAAAAAAAAAAGUGGCACUGCAGCAAUUAGCGAAUGUUUUUGUAUGCUAAUGUUAAGGUCAUAGUUGCAUCAUAUUAGUUAAUAAUCUUAGCUGGUUUGAUGCAAAUCUCAUCAUAGAAAAUGAUGUGUAGGUGUUUGAUAGGAUUUAGAAAGUGCCCCUUUUCCUAGUGAAGACGGUGGCGGUGCUUGUAAUGUAAUGUAAUGUAAAAUGUGUAGGGAACGGAAUCCCCAUGAUUGAUGAGAGAAAAUCAUGGCGAGAUUAUGAUGAAUGAAUGCUAGAUUCUUUUCUUUUCACUUCUCUCAGUCAAAGGUCAAUGUUAAACUCCAUUAUUUUAUC